AUGGACGGGCUAUCACCUGCUUGCUUUGUGCGUAUUGGCUCUGGACGCCCUCGUGUGUCGCCCUGUGAACGCCUACUUGUGUCCCCUGUCGCCUGCAUGGUCGUUGUUGUUGCCGUCAGGUGUCGUGUGCGCUUGGACGACUGCUAUAGGACCUUUUCUAAUACUAGGGUGGGCGGACCGGUUGUUACUGCACUUGCGGACCACGGUCGCCUGUUUGGGCUCGUCGGUCCCCCGAAAUCGGAUUUUGUCUCGGCUAGUAGCCCGAGUGCGACAACUAACGCAAAGGAGGAACCUGCCUCGCCAGUUUCUCCUUCAUCUAAAGCUGCCGCCACAUCCUCCACCAUGCGGACUGAUCCCCUUUUCCUUGACGGUCUUUCGGGUGAAAUAGCACGCGAAAUACAUGACGAAUUCCUCAUUUGUAAAAUCUGUCUGGAUAACUUCAAGAGUCCUAAAUCCCUCGCUUGCCUUCACACCUUUUGCCAGACUUGCAUUGAGAAUCACAUUUCUGCAGAAGUGACCUACAACAAGGUAACUGAUUACCAUCACUUCACCUGCCCACUCUGCCGUAAACGCACCACUCUGCCAAUUGGUGGCGUGAAGAAGCUGCCAGACAACUUUCUUGUCUCCGGCCUUGCUGAUCUACUGAAAAGGACGAGGACACAGUCCAGCAGUUCAGCUUCAACCCUCACCGAGUCAAAAGGCGGAGAGCAUGAACGACAUCUGGACGACGACACAGAUUCUGGAAGCGUUUUUGAUGGUGGUCACGGCCGCGUCGGUCGGACAAGUAUUACGGGCUUUGGUGAGUGCGAAAUCUGUGGUCAGUUCAGUGAUAGUGUGGGGCGUCGACAUUCGGCCACUUCCAAGUGUCUGGACUGCAGCAAACUGCUCUGCGAACAAUGCGUACAGCGACACAGACAGAUUAGAGUGACCAAAGAUCAUGCUGUGUUCAAGUUGGCUACGGAAAGUUCUAUUGCCUGCAAAGACCACCCUGAAGAGGCAGUUAGAUAUUAUUGCGAGGCGUGCGGUUGCUGCGUCUGUGUGCUCUGCACAUUCAACGAUCAUAGAGAGCAUAAUAUCACCAAUUUUGGCGAGGCAAUUGCUGCUCUGCGGACUGAUCUACGGAGAGUUUCUACGAAAGAGCCAGCUAUUGUCGAAUCCAUAGGGAUUCAUAAACAGGAGGAUGCAUUGAUAGAGCAGCUGCACCAGCAAGUUGGACGGUCAACGCUUCAAACGAUUGAACGUGUCCCAGAAUGGGAGUGCCAAGUUGCCUACCUAGAAUCGGUGCAAACGGAGGUUUCCGAGUUGCUCGAAGGGCAGGACAUUGACAUUCUCCUGACACGGGCAGACCUAAAGAAAAAGUUAAGCAACCUGCCCCAAUUAGAGUUUGCAGGAAAACUCCCGUUGACAGUAUGUCCGAAAAUCGUUUUCUCUCAAGGCACAACAACAUUGGGAAAUCUCGUUUUUCCAGAUCAGCACACUACGGCUCUACCUAAUUCAAGUACAACAGCGACCCCUCCAAAGCUGUCCUCUCAAUCGGCCACUGCCCCCUUUGGUAAUUUCGUUGGUGCCCGUUUGGCGACUCUGAAGAUGACGGAUGUGCUACGGGAAACGGCGAAAAGAAUAGUUUUCUAUUCUGAUCUGAUUUUGGAAUUUAUGUAA